AUGAGCCCCCCAGUCCUCGAACGAGUCCGAAGCAUCAUACACAGGGCCAAAACCACCGCAAAGCUACGGAGAAGGUCGACUAUAAGUGUCAGCACCCAGAAGCAAUCGAUCUGGAGAAGACUCCCAGACAGCGUUCUGGUGAGAGUCCUCGCGCAAUGCGAGCUACAGGACAUCUAUUCCCUCCUGCUCUCCUGUCGCAUCCUGCGCCGCAGAGUCUCUCGCCUCGAAUAUGCCAUCUCCCAGGCCUAUCUCCAUCACCGGACCCAGCCAUCGCAGUAUAUCACCGAGACGGGCCAUGAGCUCGUUCCCUCCGUCGGCGACGACCUAACCUUCAUCGCCAGUCUAUUCCCCCCGCCGCCACCCCAGUACACCUCCACCGGGGUCGGGGAUGACCUCCCCGAGUACUCUUUCGGGUAUCUAGCCGACCUCACCCGCUGCUGGAAGACAUGCAUCAAGCUAUCGUACUACCUGGCCGAGUACGUAGUCCACCAGCACCUCGUGAAAGACGGCUCGUGGUCCUCGAAGACCGAAAAAGAGGUCGGCUACAGCAAAGGCGUCGGACUCCUCCAGUCCCGUCUCCUAUCUCCCGUCGCAUAUAUUAUUUUCUUCCUUGAAACUCACGCCUCCGAACCCCAACCGUCAAUCCGGGCUACUAGUUCACGGCAUCAGGCCCAGCAGUCCAUCCUCCAACAGCCCCCCUUCACCAACACCCAAACCCUCCUCGCCACCCACCACGCUAUGCACCUCCUCUGCUCGUCCGUCCGCCACCUCAUGGCCCCGGACAUCACCGCCGCCUCGGCUGAGGCCUGGCUCGCUCUCCUCCUGACCACCUCCACCCUGGAGCGCAUCAUGGAGUUCUUCGUCGCGGCGGCGACGGAUGAGUCGGUCAAGGUGGCUGCUGCUGGUGUCAAUGGGCACUCGCCCACCUGGACGAAUCGGAUGGAGUUCAUGUGGCAGAUGCGUCGGGAUUGGGGCGAGUUCGUUGCGUCUGGGCUGCUCGCGCCGCCGAAGUUGAGCGAGGUUUGGUUCGAGGCGGCGCAGAGGGAGAUUUGUCGGCGGGGGGCUAUUCCCCAUGAGGGUGAGGUGGUGGUGCCUGUUUUGCAUGGGGCGGGCGUUGCUUUGAGAUGUGAGUUUUGUGAGUGA